GGGCUGGCAUGUUUAAAUCAAUACAUGAUUUCCUAGAAUAUAGCCUGCUAGCAUGGAGCUCUUAGCUCCACUGAGGAAAGUGGUUUCUAAAAACGAUUCAAGCUAUGAGAUUUUUUUUGGGGGGGUGGGUAAACACUAUUGAUGCUGGCCAAUCAUUCAUGCAAGCAUCUGAAUAAAGGAGUCCAAUAGAACAGCAUCAGAUGGAAUCUAUCACUUGUAUCUUUCUCCCAUGCAGUCUCUGACCUACAUUAAUUUAUGAAGUGGCAGUAGUGACUAUGACAGAGUGAAGCAGUCUCUUGAUUUCAUUUCUACAAAGUCAUGGAACAGAAGGAGGCUGCAGUAACACAAAGUGGACUUAAACUGUAAACCAGAGGAACCCUACACAUCAGCAAUCACAGCUUACUUAUGUGCUUUUGCACUAAUUUGUACUAUCUGAAAUGGAACGGUCUGUUUUGAGAAUGGAAGAAGCUGAACUGCUGAAGGAAAGAUUCCAGGCCAUAACAGACAAGAGAAAGCUUCAAGAAGAAAUCACACAGAAGCGUCUUAAAGUAGAAGAAGAAAAAUUAAAAUACCAGCAUUUGAAGAAAAAGGCCCUUCGGGAGAAAUGGCUCUUGGAUGGCCUGAGUGCUCUCACGCCAAAAGAGCAAGAAAAAAUGCAAAAGCACAAUAGAGAAGACCAGGAACGGACCAACGACCUGGAACAAAGCAUCCUCAGACUUGAGAAAGAAAUUGAAGCUCUGGAAAAAGAAGAGAUGAAAAUCUCAGUUAAUGAACAGGCAAUUUUAAAGAAGCUUAAAUCAGUUGAGAGAACAGCAGAAGAUAUCUUAAAGUCUGUGAAGGCAGCUAAAGCAGAAAUUCAAGAAGAGGCAGUGGACUACAUAUAUACCAACAUACCUGACCUUCCAAAAUCCUUCAGACCUUCUGCACUGAAAAGGGCAGGACAUGCAGGAACUGAGGAUGAUGAGGAAAACAGAAGAGCAUUGUUUGCCAUGGAAAUUAAAGUUGAGAAAGACAUGAAGACUGGGGAAAGCACAGUUUUGUCUACCAUACCUCUUCCAUCUGAUGAGUUUAAAAGUACAGGAGUAAAAGUCUAUGAUGAUGGUAGGAAGUCAGUCUAUGCAACAUGGUCCAAUGGCAGUUCAACACAUAAUGGCAUAGAUGAGCUUGCACCUGUUGAGGUGGAAGAUCUUUUAAGAAAAGCAACUGAAAAAAAUGCUAAAUCUCCUACAGAGUAUCACGAGCCUGUGUAUGCAAACCCGUUUUAUAGGCCAACAACUCCCCAGAAAGACAAAUUAGUUCCUGGACCAAAUUUGGAAAACACUGUUAAAAAAGAGACUAAUGAACUUGGCAAUCAUCAAAAUGAAUCUUUCUAUAACAAAGGCAACAGGCAACACAAUGAAGAAAACGGUUUUGAUCUUCCCAAAUUAACACUUCCAAAGUCUCCCUCUCCAGGGUCUCAGCAAAAAGAGGGAAAGGUACACAUUAGUCCAAAAACCAGGAUAAUACAUAAUGAUGAAAGAGGAGUUCUACAAAAGGAUUUGGAACCCUAUCAGAAGACAAGAGAGAGUCAUUGUGAGGCAAUGUUUUUGAACUCAGAGAAUACCAGUGAAAAGUCUCCUGUCACUCAGGAUGCUGAUGAAGAUGUUAGGUACAGCAUUGUUCAAGCUGUGCCAUGUUAUGUGGAUGAUACAGAACCUGUUACAAUGAUUUUCAUGGGUUAUCAGCAUGUAGAUGAUGAUGAUGAAGAAGCAGCAGCAGCAAACAAAAUCUUGUCCAGAUAUGAUGGAAUUAUCCAUGCGGAACUGGUUGUCAUUGAUGAUGAUGAUGAUGAUGAUGAAAAAGAAGAAGACAGCAAAUCUGAGAGACCGUCAUAUCAUCCCGUAGGCCAUUACAGUCAAGUUUACCAGCCACCCAACAAACAAAUAGCAGAAGUUCCACAGAGGAUGCCAGAGGGCAAAGUAGGUGGAAACAUCAAUAAAUCAUCCCACAAAAACUCCAUAUCACUGCAAGAACAAGAGGAAAGUUUGAGCUCUCCUAUGUACCAUACUCAUCUCAGUGGCCAGCUAUCUGGAGAUGGUACAGAGGAUCCCUCAUUAACAGCUCUGAGGAUGAGAAUGGCAAAGCUGGGGAAAAAGGUGAUUUAACAGUUGGAAUGACAUGGAACUAAAAUUUAGGCUUUGUUAAUCAAAAGAGAAUAAAGUUAAGACUUACUUUC